UUCGAAUGCUCGUUCGGUAAACGUUGCUUCUUAAAAAUUAAUUGUGAACCUUAAAAGUGAGCAAUUUAUAGUGUGCGAUUAGGAUGAUGUUCUCGAAUAAUAUUUUAAAGUUUCAAUUUAUGGACAAGAUAAAAGAAGAAAAGCUACGCUAUUAUACGAAAGGAGAAAUGAUAAAAAUAUCAGAAUCAAAAUCUGACACAUCAAUAAUCAGUCAUUUAUAUAGGACAAUAACAAAAAACCGUAGGCGAUUAUCUACAAGUGGCAAUGUUUUACAUAGGAUACCCACAGAAUAUGAACUUCAAUUCAUGAACUUCUCUGAUGAAUAUGAUAUUGAAAAGACUGUUGCUGAAGGACAUUUUGCUAAAAUUUUUCUCACAAAGCACAAAAUUACACAAACAAAUGUUAUCUUAAAGGCACUUCACAAAGAGCUUACAAGUAUAAAGGAAUUUAUCAAAGAAUUUCAUUACAAUUAUCAGCUUAGUCAUCAUCCUUGUAUACUAAGCUGCUAUCAGGUUAAGUUUCAAACAAAUGACUAUUACGUAUUUGCGAUGGAAUAUGCACCAUAUGGCGAUCUCAGUCAUCAUGUGGGUGCAAGUGGAAUUCCUGAAUCUUGCUGUAAAAAGAUUGCUGAUCAAUUAAGUUCUGCUUUAGGAUUCAUGCAUCAAAAAUCACUCGUUCAUCGAGAUUUGAAAUUAGAAAAUAUUUUAAUUUUUGCACUUGAUUUCUCACGAAUAAAGUUAUGUGAUUUUGGCGGAACGACACGAGAGGGGCUCUUAGUUUAUCGUAAUAAUAAUACAUGGAUAUCAUUCCUUCCACCUGAAGUCUUGGAAGUUGUUCGUAACGAGCGAUAUGCUGUUCGUAGUACAAGUGAUACAUGGCAAUUUGGAAUUUUACUUUAUAUUUGUCUAACUGGAAGCUCACCAUGGAAGGAAGCAAAUUGGGUAUCAGAUAGUAAAUAUUGUGCAUUUAUGAAGUAUCAGAAAAGAGAGACGACGAAAAUCCCCGAGAAUUUCAAGAAAUUUACGCCAAGACUUUUAAGAGCUUUUAGACGAUUCUUCGACCAUAACGAGGAGGACAGAGCUAAAGCUUCAGAUAUUACGAAAUAUUUGAAAGAUAAAUGGCUGAAUACAAAAGUGUCUACGCUUUCAACUGGCAGUCUUCAUCAUUCAUCAUCAUUUCGUGUAUCGCAUGCGAAUUCAGAUCAAGAUUCUAUAAAGUACAUUAAUCAUAAGGACGCAAAACACACAAAUGACGAGAAGGCUAGAAUCAAAAGGCUGAUGAGUACAUUUGGAAUUCAUCAGGAUAAGCAUCCGAUAACAGAUCAGACAACAAUUGCUGAAAUACGAGUGACUCAGUGGCUAAAUGACAACGAGAGGAACUUUAGACAAUAUGAUGCCUUAGAAGAAGACUUAGACCUGAGUUAUUGGCAAAAGGAUGAGUCAUUUUAUGACUAUAAUCAGAACGAUGGUCAAGAUUUCUUUAAAUAAUUUGUAAAUAAAUUAUUAAUUUAAUAAUUAAUUGUUAUGUUCUUUAAAAAAUAUUCUUAAAUUAAAAUAUAUAUUUUUAAGGUUUAAGGAUGUAUACAUGUACAGACUUAAUUUAUUACAAAGCUUUUACAGAGUUUCUUCUACUUCUUAUUUUAUUUUAAAAAAAAAAGAUUUGAAGUCCAUGAAUAUCCCUCAUAAAUUGUUUCCAUUGAGUUCAUACCUAUAUGCAGGUUAAUCUACUUGUAUCUAUAAAUCUAAAUGCUAUGGCAAGAAUUUCAUUCGUCUUAUACUGAUUGUUGUAUGUGCUUAAACAUUAACUUGUUGCGAUUUAAUGAGAGCUGGACUCGUGUGGGACUUUACAAGCUCUAAGAAUUGAAAAGGAACGUUCAAUACAACACCUGGAAUGGACAUAAAUUAUGUUAGCCUUAAAUGACAAUCUUGUUUACAACUUCUACCCCUAGUUGAUAGAGCAAUUAUCAAGGUAUACAAACUUUAAUAGAUUUUCCAUAAGAAGGAAUCUAAUCAGAUUGUAAAAGUUAAUACUCUUACCAUUGCUUUCGACAAGUAAAUGCCCACGUCUCUGAGAUGCGCCUUUAACCGUAACAACUUCUCCCUUCUUCAAUUGUUCACCAUUACUUGCUUGCAUAUUUUCAGGAAAAUUCAUUUUCAUGAUUCGUAAUUGAGGAUAUUUUAAUUUUGAAUUUCCAGAGACUGUGUAUGGACGAGGUGGGGGAACCAUCGGUGGUGACU